AUGAGAACUGAUAAGGAGUUCCAGAUCCCUCCUGCCCACGAGAAAGGAUUUGCUCAUGUCCUGUGGGUUGGGACCAACGGGAUCAUCUCCACCCAAGACUUCCCCAGAGAGACCCAGUACGUGGAUGAUGACUUCCCCACGGAUUUCCCUGCGAUCGCUCCCUUCUUAGCCGACAUUGACACCAGCGACGGGAAGGGCAGGAUUUAUUACCGCCUGGAGGAAUCCAAAGAGGUGCUGGAUCAAGCUGUGCGGCUGAUUCGGGCUGGGUUCCCUGCUGCUUCCAACUUCGAGCCUCAGUACGCCUUCAUUGCUACUUGGGACAAUGUCGGGGCCUAUGAAGAAGUCGCCCGGAACGCAGAACCCUCCAAGCAGCGCAACACCUUCCAGGCUGUCCUAGCUUACAAUACUUUGGACGCUUAUGCCAUUUUCCUCUAUCCUGAUGAUGGGAUCCAGUUUUAUGGAACACGCCCCAAGGAAUCCUACAAUGUCCACUUGGAGCUCCCUGCCCGGGUGGGCUUCAGCCGAGGGGAAUACCAGCGCCGGGAAGGACCCUUCUACAGCGUCACCACCAGCGAGCAGUCGGUCAAAAACCUCUACCAGUCCAGCAAUGCCGGGAUCCCAGGGGUCUGGGUCUUCCAUAUUGGCAGCUCUUCCCACAUGGAGAAUGUGAUCCCAGCUUCAAUUGGGAAGAGUCCUUCGCCAAUUAAUCUAGAGAGGACAGCUGUGGAUCAUGACUUCCUGGAGCCCAUCUUCCCGAGUUCGCCGGCCGACUAUGCCGAUGCCUUCUAUGAAGAAGGCGAAGAAGAGUAUUUGUCUGUCAGGCCGACUGAUCCGCCGGCGUCUGACGUGGAGACGUGGCCUCCCGACACUUCCUUCAGCCUCGACGACCACCUCGAUUACUCUGAGCCAAGGCAUUCUGGAGGGGCAACGCUGGAGUUGGAGCCCGAGUCCAGGGUGUAUAACCCGGCCGCCAGCCCCCUUCCUUCGUACCCGGACUUGGAUGCCGUCCUGAAAGCUCUUGGGGAGCAGUUACCGACCGCAGCACCUUCUGUAUCGGAAGAGGACUCCACAAGUCCCUCCAUGCCGUGGAUUUAUGAGAGGCCAUUUGAGGCGGUGACAGCGGUUCUGCUAGGAGAAGAGGACAGCGGUCCACCUUCGGAGAACUACCCUGUCUACCCCGAGGGAGAGGUUAUUCUCGAAAGCUUUCCCGAUAACGCCCCACCCUUCAGCCCCCGGAGACGAGUCGUUGGGGUCGAUGAAGACAUUACUUUUAACCCAGAUGGGUUCACAUACAGCGCUCCCAAUGUUGAAACCUGCGAGACUCACCACAGCCAGUGCUCCCCGCAUGCCUUCUGCACAGACUACAGCACCGGUUUCUGCUGCCAUUGCCAGUCCAAAUUUUAUGGAAAUGGACAGCACUGCUUACCGGAAGGUGCUGCUCAUCGCCUGAACGGCAAAGUCAGUGGAGACCUGCUGGUGGGACGGACACCUGUGCACUUUGCGGACGUUGACUUGCAUGCCUACAUCGUUGGCAACGAUGGGCGAGCGUAUACGGCCAUCAGCCACAUCCCUCAGCCAGCCGCUCGGUCUCUGAUGCCGCUAGCUCCCAUCGGGGGCUUCUUUGGCUGGCUUUUCGCUCUGGAGAAACCUGGCUACGAAAACGGCUUCAGUAUUGCAGGCGCUAAAUUCACCCACCGCCUUGAAGCCACUUUCUAUCCUGGAGGAGAAACUGUUUCUGUCAAGCAAACCGCUGAUGGUCUGGAUGCCGAAAAUUAUCUCAGCGUUCGGACCGAAAUUCAAGGGCAGGUGCCUUAUAUUCCGGAGAAUUUUACUGUCCACAUCGCACCUUACAAGGAGAUCUACCAGUACAUGGAUUCAGCAGUGGCAUCAACGUCUUACCGGGAAUAUUCCUUAUUUGCCUCUGGGACCCUCAACCAAACCUUGUCCUACCGGCUGCGCCAGAAUCUCACUUACCAGAGCUGUCCCCACGCAAGGCAUCGCCUGAGGACUCCGGUCACGCAGCAGCUCACUGUGGACAGAAUAUUUGCUUUGUACAACGAGGAGGAACAAGUGCUCCGUUAUGCCGUCACCAACCAGAUUGGGCCCCUCGGAGAUGAUGCUGGGAUGGUUGCAUUGAACCCAUGCUAUGAUGGAACCCACUCAUGCGACACAACGGCACGGUGCCAGCCUGGCUCUGGUUUGGAUUACACCUGCGAGUGCACAGCUGGCUACUAUGGGGAUGGGAAAGAAUGCACAGAUAUCAAUGAAUGUGCCGCGGGCAUCAGCCGCUGCAGCCCCGAGUCGGUCUGCAUCAACACGGUGGGCAGUUACCGGUGUGAGUGUCCUCUUGGGUACGAGCUUGCAGCAGAUCGGGCCACUUGCCUAGUGGUUGCCCCUCCAUCCAAUCCGUGUGAAGAUGGCACCCAUAACUGCGCCGCAGCAGAUCGGGCACAAUGUGUGCCCCAUGAACGUGGCUCAUUCACCUGUGUGUGCCUUCCUGGUUUUGCUGGCAAUGGGCACAACUGCACAGAUGUGGAUGAAUGUGCGGAAGGGCAAUGCCAUCAAGCUGCCAUCUGCCACAAUUCUCCCGGAUCCUUCUCUUGUCGCUGCCGGGAUGGCUAUGAAGGUGAUGGUUUCCACUGCUCUCCAGAGACCUUGCCCCCAGCAAUGACCCGCUGCCAACACCAGCGGCUGUAUGCAAGCCAGCGGGGGCCGUCUCUCCCGGGGGGACCCCAUGUACCAGACUGUGAUGACCAGGGGAACUACCGGCCACUGCAAUGCCACGGCAGCACCGGGAUGUGUUGGUGUGUGGACAGGGAUGGCAACGAGAUCCCCGGGACACAGGUGCCUCCUGGUGCUCCUCCACCGCUUUGCAGGGCUCCAGAGCCAACUCGGAGGCCGCAGACCAUGUGUGAGCGCUGGAGACAGAGCCUCCUGGAGCAUUACGGGGGCAACCCACAGGACGACCAGUAUGUGCCCCAGUGUGACUCUCUGGGCCACUUUAACCCCUUACAAUGCCACGGGAACAGUGGCUACUGCUGGUGCGUGGACGAACACGGCCGCGAGGUCCAAGGCACGCGGUCGGAACCCGGCGUCCCUCCACCAUGCCUGCCCAGUGUUGCUCCUCCGACAGUUCGCCCGUCUCCUCGCCCUGAUGUGGUCCCACCUUCUGCGGGGACGUUCCUCCUUUACGCUCAGGGCCAGCAAAUUGGUGCUUUGCCCCUGAACGGCACCCGGCUGAAGAAGGAGGCUGCCAGGACCCUGCUCUCCUUGCAUGGAUCCAUUGUGGUGGGGAUUGGCUAUGACUGUCGUGGGAAAAUGAUGUACUGGACGGACGUGGCGGGACGGAGCAUCAGCCGGGCGAGCCUGGAGCCAGGGGCAGAGCCGGAGACGGUCAUCAGCUCAGGCCUGAUCAGUCCUGAAGGCCUUGCCAUCGACCACCUCCGGAGCACCAUGUUUUGGACGGACAGCGGCUUGGACAAAAUUGAGAGUGCGAGGCUGGACGGUACGGAACGGCGAACCCUUUUUGCCACAGACCUGGUCAACCCUCGUGCAAUAGCAGUGGAUCCCAUCCGUGGGAAUCUUUACUGGACGGAUUGGAACCGUGAAGCCCCCAAAAUCGAGACGUCCACCGUGACAGGAGAACACAGGCGGAUUCUGGUCAACCAAGACAUUGGGUUGCCCAACGGUUUAACCUUCGACCCUUUUUCCAAACAGAUUUGCUGGGCGGAUGCAGGAACCAAAAAGCUGGAGUGUGCUUUACCUGAUGGAAGGGGAAGGCGGGUCAUCCAGAAUAACCUCAACUACCCCUUCAGUAUCGUCAGCUACGCCAAUUACUUCUUCCACACAGAUUGGAGAAGGUAGGUCUCUCCCUCCUAGCCCAGAAACUU